AUUUCUUUACACGGUACAAAUAAUGCAGUUUACAUACAUUGGUAGACACAUAAGAGUCACUUGUAUACAUUGUAUUUAUGUCUCUGUAUUUGUUUAAUGUCUUUUAUUGUAUAUUUCAUUUACAAGGUAAUUACUGGGUGAUGGUUGUUGUGAGCUUGUUGGGAAAGUUUGGGAUCACAGCAGCAUUCUCCAUCGUCUACAUCUACUCUGCUGAGAUCUUCCCAACUGAGUACCGCAGUGUGGCAGUUGGUACUUGCUCCAUGUGUGCUUGUCUUGGUGGUAUUCUGGCACCAUUCAUUGCUUCUCUAGCUGAUAUAUACAAGCCAUUACCUCUACUUACACUUGGUGUGUUGUCACUUGUCUCUGGUUGUCUUACCGUCUUCCUGCCAGAGACUCUUGGCUGUGAAUUACCACAAACUCUAGAAGAGAGUGAAGCUCUUGGCAGGCACCCUCCUGCUCAGCUGCACCGAUGAAUAUCAAGGAAGCGCCCGCUGAUGCAGCCGGCCCAGCAGGAUCUCCAUCUGCUGGCUUCCACCUGCUGUCACCUGGGGUUCACGAUAUCUGCAGAAAAAUCCAGAGCCAUGAUCCUUCACACCAGGGAAUCUAAUCAGAGGCUGCAGAUCCUAGGCAUAAACCUGGAAUGGGUUCACAGCUAUAAGUACUUUGGCAUCUACAUCGACAGGCAUUUUAUCUUCAUAAGAAAGAAGAACAUAAAAACAAAGCCCGAGGGGAGGACCCCAGAGACUACAAACGGGAUGGGA